GUCAUUUAAAACGAGUUGACGAGUUGGUCAAAAUCAAGAUAUGUGCAUGAUUGCAUCUGCCCGAUACAAAGAGAAAAUUGAUAGGAUCGAAGAGAAUAGAUAGACGUGCAUUUCACAAUUCACACCACCACCAAAGGGUACAAUAAAAGUGGAGGAGAUCAUGUCUGUGGAUAACGGUGCAUCAAGUCACCAGCUUUUUCAGCUUCUUUCCACUCUCCUAAACGAGGUGGAAGCAAUAUCCAACGAAGAAGAGGUCGAUUUACGUGCCAAAAUUGAAGCUCUUAAACUAGAAGUUACUAAAGUGCCUUCUCAGUCUCUACAGAAUACAGAUGAUGCUGAGAUGGAAUUGGCCAGUAGAUUGGAUAAAUUGUCAUCAAAGCUUGAUGAAGUGGAUGAGAUGAUUUCCUCAGCUAUAACUACUGAUCCUCAAGUCAGGUCUCUGUUGAGUAGUACUGCUGAUGUAUGGAUGCCUGUUAUAGCAGCUACUUCUGAUGAACGUCGCAGAUUUUCAUCUUCAGUAUAUGAUGGUGAGCGUGAGCCUGAGCCUGAGCCAAAAGAAAACAAAUCCACUUAAUCAUCUUUGGACAAUUAUUCUUUUCUGUAAUAUGUGUCUGAUUUUUACUUUUCUCUAUUUUGUAACUUUCUACUAAUUUGAUUUUUAUAAAGUCUUUAACUGUCGUUUUUGGCUGUUCUUUGAGGGAUUAAUCAAUAUUGAAAUUUUCAGCUGCUGUAUUGUAAUUGUAAAACAGUCAUGGAAUAUGAAUCAAUAUAUUGAAUUUUUUUUAUCUUAUUGUAA